AUGUUAAACUAUUGCUUAAAUCUCAAAGUUCUUGAUGAUGAAUUGCAUGCAGCAAUGGCUUCCUCACUUGAUAGUACCAAAGUUGUGCUAGUUGCUUGCUUGCUAGUAGUGAUCUCAGCAAUGUCACAAACAAUUCAUCCUAGCUGCAAAAGUAAAUGUGGAAGUGUUAGCAUUCCGUACCCAUUUGGUACAACUGAGGACUGUUACUUGAACAACAACUUUCAUGUUGCUUGUAACUCAAGUCACAAGCCUCCAAAACCAUUUCUGUGGAAUGUGACAAAAAAUAUUGAGAUCUUAGAGGUGUCAUUGAAUGGUCAUUUGCAGGUAAAAUCCCCAGUAGCUUAUGUCUGUUAUGAUGAAAAGGGUGUGCUAGUGGAUUCAGGGAACUCAUCUAUGACUUUGCAAGCAUUCCCCUUCUCAUACACCCAAAACAAGUUCGUUGGAAUUGGAUGCGACACCCUUUCGACCAUCAAUGCAACAAUUGGGAACAGCUACUCGGCUGGAGGGUGUUUUUCACUUUGUAAUAGUGUAGAAAGUUCAACCAAUGGAUCCCGGUUUGGCAUUGGUUUCUGCCAAACCUCUAUCCCAAAAAACAUUUUAGCAUAUCAAGCUCGUGUCCUGAGAUCAAAUUUGCGGCAUAGGGAUAUGAAUAUUCCUUGUAGCUACUCUCUUUUGGUUGAAGAAGACUCUUUCAAGUUUUCAACGGAUGACUUCAUCAAACUGCAGAAGAGAAGAACAGUUCCCACAGUGCUUGAUUGGGCUGUUGGGAAUCUAACAUGUGAAGAAGCUAAGAAAAAUUUGACUAGUUAUGUCUGCCAAGAAAAUAGCGUAUGUAUUGAUUCUCACAAUGGACCAGGGUAUCUCUGCGGAUGCUUAGAAGGUUAUGUGGGAAAUGCAUACCUUCAUGGUGGAUGCCAAGAUAUUGACGAGUGUGCCAAUCCGAGUCUAAAUGACUGUUCAGACAUUUGCAUUAACCUACCUGGGAGCUAUAAUUGUUCUUGUCCCAAGAACAGGAAGCACCAGGGAGAUGGCAGAAAAGGAGGAAGUGGCUGUGUCUCGAAUCUACAACAUGUUGUUAACGAGAUUUUGAUAGGAACUGGCAUAGGUCUUGUGCUGUUUUUAUUUGGUAGCGGCUGGCUAUACCACGUGUUUCGUAAAAGGAAACAGGUGAAGCUCACAGCAGGAUAUUUUAAGAGAAAUGGUGGCUUAAUGUUACAGCAGCAAAUUUCAAACAUGGAGGGAUCAUCUGAGAGAGCUAAAAUAUUUACUGCAAGAGAGCUAAAGAAAGCCACUGAAAACUUUCACGAGAGCAGAAUCAUUGGCAGAGGAGGAUACGGCACAGUUUAUAAGGGAAUCCUUCCAAAUGACCAAGUUGUUGCCAUAAAGAAAUCAAAACUAGUAGACCACAGCCAAACUGAACAAUUUGUCAAUGAAGUGGUUGUACUUUCCCAAAUUAACCACAGAAAUGUGGUCAAACUCCUAGGUUGCUGUCUAGAGACAGAAAUGCCACUGCUAGUUUAUGAAUUUGUGAACAACGGAACACUCUAUGACCACAUUCACAAUGAAAACACCACGCUUCCCUGGGAAACACGUCUAAGAAUAGCAGCAGAAACAGCUGGUGUGCUUGCAUACUUGCAUUCCUCUGCCUCCAUACCAAUCAUCCAUAGGGACUUCAAGUCAACUAACAUACUCUUAGAUGACAAAUACACAGCUAAGGUUUCUGACUUCGGAACCUCUAGAUUGGUUCCGCGUGACAAGUGCCAGUUGACAACCUUGGUUCAGGGAACUCUUGGGUACCUUGACCCUGAAUACUUUCAGACCAGUCAACUGACUGAGAAAAGUGAUGUGUAUAGCUUUGGUGUUGUACUUGCUGAGUUGCUAACUGGAAGAAGGGCACUUUCUUUUGACAUGCCAGAGGAGGAGAGGAAUUUGGCCUUGUAUUUCCUUUCGGCUGUGAAGGAUGAUUGCUUGUUCCAAAUUGUCGAGGAUUGUGUCAAUGAAGGAAAUAGUGAGCAGGUGAAGCAAGUUUCCAACAUUGCUCAAUGGUGCUUGAGGCUUAGAGGUGAGGAAAGACCUACCAUGAAGGAAGUUGCAAUGGAAUUGGAAAGUCUCAAAAUGAUGUCAACAACAACUACAUUGAUUAAUGCCUCAUCAAAUGAAUCAGAAUAUGUUAUUGGUGAAAUAUCAGGUUCAACAGAAAGAGACUCUGCUAAUUGUCGUUAUACGUAUGCUACAUGCGCUGGGCCUGAGGAUGAUACCGUUUGCAACGAUGUGAUGUCACCGUUAUGGGAUGGUAGAUGA